GUUCACCAAAAACCCCAAAAACGAAUUUAGUGAGUGGUUUGACUUCAUCAACAGAACGUUUGAAUCUAAGUCAAAAGGAAAUACUUUCAAAAAGUACUAAUGAUAGACAAUUUGGCUUAAACUCUAUGGCAAAUACCUCAGGUUCAUCUAAAAUAUCUGAGAAAGGUUAUUAUGAUAACACUUCUGAAUCUUGGUUGAGUUCACCAUUAGAAAAUCGAAGUACAAGUCAAACGAAUAUACAUUCAAAAAAUUCUAAUGAACAAUUGGGCUUUAUAGAAAAUACUCCAGAUUCUUCUAAAAUGUCCGGCAAAGUUACAAAUUUAGUAUCUUGUUUGAGUUCACCAUCAGGACAUUGGAAUGUUACUCAGGAUACUAGUGAUUUUUCGGUAAAAUCAAACAGAUGUAAGAAACGUAUAGAUUUCAAUUCAAUAGUGAACACUCAUCCAAAUUCUUUUGAUGUAUCUAAUGAAAGAAAAGUUAAAAACACAUCUGAUGAAAAAAUAGAUUUACUUCUGCGGGCUGUUACUAAUUUAAAAUAUGAAAUGAGAGAACAUGGUAUUAAAAUUGAAAGACUGGAACAAACCAUAAUGAAUAACUGCUUAAACAAGAAGAUAGUUGAAUACAAUGAUAAUACCACGGAUGAUAUAUUUGAUUUUCCAAUAAAAACAUUGGAUGAAUUAAGUAUAUUUGAAGACAAAUUAUUGGAUAGUACUUUUCGACUUCAAAUGAUAAAUUAUCUAUCCAGAUUGGAACGUCCAAAGGUUGCUGAUAUGACUAGACAAAUAAUGGCCAAAGUUUUUCAUAAUAAUAUACUCUCUGUGCAUUCUUAUGUUGGACAAAAGAAGAAAAAUGUGUUUUCUGUGCUUAAUUCUUGUUCAUUAAUAUUUGCAACAAUAAGAAGCAUACCAAAACAUAGAAAUUGUACUGAUCUUGAAAUUGUUGGUCCAUUAAAAAUGUUCAUGGCUAAUGCGAAAUUCCGAGAAGAAAAAAAGCAGCAAAAACACGAAUCCAUCUCUAAUGCAUAACUAUAUAAAUAUUACUGUUGUUAUUAAGUUAUUCUGUUAUAGAAUUAAAAACAUAUAA